CUUUCACUUCCCACCCUUAUUCCUCAACGUCUUUCUCUCUUAAAGAACCAAAACAGAACAAAACAGAGGAGUACGAAGAAACGCAGCCAAUAGCGACCAAAAUUACGCCCGUCGCUAAAAAGAACCAAAGAACGACCGACAAGAAGAAACGUUGUAAAAUAAAAAAAAUGGCGGGGCCAGAUCAGGCGGCGAGGCAGUCAUCGGAGGUGCUGCAGCAGCGGAGCGGGCUACCGAAAUGUCCGGUCAAGAUGGCGGUCGUCGGAGCUGUCAUCGCCGCCGGGCUCGGUUACACGGUGCUGUUCGCGAAGAAGAAGCCGGAGGCGACGGCGCUCGACGUCGCUAAAGUUGCUUCCGGCGGCAAUCCUCCUUCCGCCACCAAAUAUUGAGUUAACUAGCUAACGUUGUUUGUUAGAUUUAUCCUUGAUUUCAUUAAUGAUCGCGUUUUGCAGAAGCUUUUUUUUUUUUUAUCUGUUGCUUUGCUGUUUUUGAUGAAUAUAUGGAUAUCCUUGAUUUCAAUUUUAUUCCCAAUACAAUGGUUUUCUGUUUUCUGAUGAAUCGUUCCCUAAUAGAAUGAUCACUCAACUUUACAUUCCUUAACAAAAUGACCCUCUCAUGUAAAACAAAGUGGCCCUUCUGAUAAAGAUCAAUGUUUAGUGACCAUUUUAUCGUAACCCUGAAACUUAAGUGACCGUUUGUGUUAUUUACCCGGGAGAAAAUAGAGGGGAAGAUAUAAUGAGAUGUCUGUCUCGUUGUCACCGGAGAGCCAAAAGUUCUAAUCCAGAGAGCAGACAGAGGUGCAUUUCCACGGCGACGCCGAAACCCACCUCUGGAAAACUUCACUGAAGCGGCUCCAAGUAAAGCUCCGCGGUGGUUGGUGAAUUUGCAAGUGCUUUGACUUCUCCUCCGUCGAGCGGUUGUACACCUCUCUUCCUUACGGGCCACUUAUCUGGUAUCUUGGGAAGGGAGAUUCUGGCUGAUCUUCAAUCCCAUUCCGCGCCAUGGCGUUCAUGCCUGGUACAACGAUUGUUCUUCCUCGGAAGCUGGAAUUCCACUUGGGUUCUUCUCAUCCCAGAAGAUCCGAGUUCGUGACAGGCGAAUUUCACCAAGGCCUCAGUUUCAUAAAGUCCUUGCAGCCUACUACAGCAAAACUCCCUCUUCCGUCAUCAAUAAAGUUAAGGCAGCCGUGUGCAUUGGUAGCCUCGAGUGAGUACCCUCAGAAUGCUGAUUUCCCUAGAUACUACGGCAGAAAGGAGAAGAAGCCCUUCCCAAUACCGGUAGUGGAGUUGAGGCGAAACGCAAGGGAGAGGAUCAAGAAUAGGAAAGGAAAACCCAAAGGCCGCCCCCCUCCAACUAAGCAAGGGCUGGUUGUCCAAAGCCUCGUCCCUCUUGCUUACGAUGUCUACAAUGCGAGGAUCACACUGAUCAACAACAUCAGAAGAUUGAUGAAAGUGGUCCGUGUCCAUGCUUGCGGGUGGUGCAACGAAAUCCACGUAGGGCCUGAGGGGCAUCCAUUCAGCUCGUGUAAAGGCAAGUACACUGGCGUCCGAAAGGGCCAUCAUGAGUGGACGAGUGCAGUUGUUGAAGACAUACUCGUCCCAAUCGAAGCAUACCACCUCUACGAUCGUUUGGGGAAUCGAAUUCGACAUGAUGAGAGAUUCUUAAUCCCCAGAAUCCCAGCUGUGGUCGAGCUCUGCAUCCAAGCAGGUGUCAACAUCCCUGAUCUCCCCACCAAGAGGAGGAGAAAGCCAGUGGUUUGGAUCGGUAGAAAAGAAUUCGUCGAUGCAGAUGAGAGCGAGCUGCCCGACCCAGUCCCAGAACCUCCUCUGAAGCCAUUGCUGACUGAAAUCCCCAACCCCGAGAUAGUUCCCCCAUCGACCCCAGAGGAAACGACUUUACUGGCUGAGGAAACCUUAGCAGCUUGGGACAAAAUGAGGAAAGGGUCGAACCGGCUGAGGAAAAUGUACCCAGUUCGAGUCUGUGGGUACUGCCCCGAGAUCCACGUUGGACCAAGCGGGCAUAAGGUGCAGAUAUGUGGAGCUCACAAGCAUCAGCAGAGAAAUGGUCAGCACGGAUGGCAGGCUGCUGUGCUCGACGAUUUGAUACCUCCGAGGUUCGUGUGGCACCUCCCUGAACCGACUGGGGCGCCAUUGGAGCGUGAGCUGAGGAGCUUCUAUGGACAGGCCCCUGCUGUUGUGGAGCUGUGCGUGCAAGGUGGUGCUGCUGUGCCGGAGGAGUAUAAGGCAACUAUGAGGUUGGAUAUUGGGAUUCCUUCUAAUGGUAAAGAAGCUGAAAUGGUUGUUUGAGCCCCGAUUCAGAAGUUCUGCUAGUGCAGAUUUGGAAAUGUACAGAAUAUUUGAACCGAGGGAAAGACAACAUAGUGAAUCAUCAUAUUUGCUUGGAGAAGUGAAAAUAGAAGGUUGUUAUUCGUUGUUCUUAAAAUUACUAACAUACCGUUUGGUAUAAAUGAAUUCCAUAAGUUUUUAGGAAUUUAUUUUGAAAUGAAAUCUUUUUGUGUUUGGUAUUUAAAAGAAUUUAUUUUGAAUUCUAAAUUUUAAAUUCUACGGAAUUGGAACUAGUUAUAGCAA